AUGCAUUUCACCGAUUCGGAAGCUGAGGAGGUGAAGUCAUGGGUGGUAAAGAAGCUGGAUGAUAUCUCUGACGCAGAUUCCGAUGUCCUUGCCGACUACGUCCUCGCGCUCAUAAGGACGGACGCCCCAGAUGAGGAAAUCCAAAAAGCCUGCUUAGAAAACUUGGAUGAUUUUCUACGAGAACAUACCGAAUCUUUUGUGACUGAGCUGUUUACAUACAUUGCCGCAAGAAACGCUCCACCCGCUCCCCAACCGCAGCACAUCUUCUCUGCAACUGCCCAACCAUUCAAUCCUCCCACCGGCCCAAGAAGCGAUGCCAAUAGCCGGAAACGGUCAUUCAAUGAGGGAUUCCAGGGAGAACAAGACCGCGAUGAUGGUGCUCUCCAGAACCGCGCUUUCAAGACCCCCCGAAGAGGUCGUGGCGGAGGUCGCGGUGACUGGGGAAGCCAUCUGGCCCAGUACGGUGGCCAGCCAUUCGCCCAGCCGCAGCAACAACAGCAGCCGCAGCCGCAGCAGGGUGGGUUCCCAAUGAUGUCUGGGUUCCCUGGAUUUGAUCAGAAUGAUCCUAUGGCUGCUAUGAUGGCGAUGCAGGGGAUGGGUUUCCCUCAGAUGCCCGGAAUGCCACCUAUGCCCGGAAUGGCUGGCCAGCCUGGCAUGGAAAACCUGGCAAACCAGCGCUGUCCGUUCUAUGAUACCCAGGGUAUCUGUUACCUGGGCGCUGCCUGUCCAUACAAGCAUGGCGAGGCUGGCGGCAAGAGCGAAGAAUAUGAUCCCAGGACGGCCGGAUUCAUGGCUAGAGAAGGAGAUUCUUUCCGGGGCGGCGAGCGUGGCCGUGGUCGUGGACGCGGCGGGUUUAGUGGACGAGGACGUGGCCGGUCCGAUUUCUCGUCUGCUGGCCCCAACGAAGAUCGUUCAAACACGACAAUCGUGGUGGAGCAAAUUCCAGACGAAAAAUUCUCGGAUGAAGCCGUGCGCGAGUUCUUUGGUCAAUUUGGUAACAUUGCAGAAGUCUCACUACAACCCUACAAGAAAGUGGCUCUUGUUAAGUUUGAAUCAUUCGCCGAGGCAAAGCAAGCGUGGUCAAGCCCCAAGGUGAUCUUUGAUAAUCGAUUCGUCAAAGUUUACUGGUCUAAGAGCAAGUCAAAUGACACAAAUGGGGAAUCUCAGCCUGCAUUCAACCAGGAAGAAUUCGAGAGACAGCAAGAAGAAGCCCAGAGGGCGCACGAAGAGAAAAUGCAAAAGCGACAAGAGACGGAAAGAGCCAAGGCAGAACUUGAGCGCCAAAGGGAAGAGCUCAUGAAGAAACAACAAGAAGAAAAGGCACGUCUGAUGGAGCGCCUCGGGGUCUCAGCGAGAAAUGGCUCUGAUGCGACUGAUGGUCAACCUGCCACAGAUAUCGAUGAUGAGAAUGUGAGCGAGGAGACUCGGCAGCUACGCGCGCAGCUGGCCGCUUUGGAGGCAGAGGCGCAAAGCCUUGGCAUUGACCCUGCUCAGGCUGAUGCUGCGGGCCAAUUUGGUCGCGGUGGAUACCGGGGUCGUGGCGGAUACCGCGGGCGUGGUGGAUACCGUGGACGCGGAGGCUAUGACCCUUCAUAUCGCGGCGGCUACCGUGGUCGUGGUGGGUUCGCCGCUCGUGGCCGUGGUGGUGUGCUGCGUUUAGACAACCGACCUCGACGAGUUGCUGUGACUGGUGUUGAGUUGAACUCUGACAAGGAUGAAGCCCUGCGUCAACACUUGAUGGGUGUUGGCGAGUACGAGUCCAUUGAGCCCAAUCCUGGCCAGUCCGACUCUGUCGUCGUGGCCUUCAAGGAACGAUACCAGGCCGAGAAGUUUAUGUUCAGCCCCUGGAAUAUUCCCACUGUGGGCGAAGUGCAACUCGCCUGGGUUCCUAACCCACCGAUCACAUUACCCGCUGCCACAUCAACGGAGGCGAAGAACGACAUCGGAGAUUACGAACAGGAUACUGUCAUGGAUUCAGCAGAUCUUGCACCAGCAGUGAACGCGCCACCUCUCCAACCGCCACGCGAUAUGGACUAUGAUGUUGCCGAAGAUGAUAGCUGGGGUGCAUAG